GCGUUGCCAUGACGUUCACGUCUCAGACUCUGUUAGAGUCUCGAGUGUAGACUCUAAAAGUUUUAUAAACACCAGGCCAGGUGCUGCACAUUCGCCAUCCAUCUUACGAUAUCUUAGACGAGCCGUCUCCAUUGUCCGUCUCCCAGAGCAACAGUUGGCACAUGACCGACUGACGAUGAACGCUUUCUACGCAGUAUGUUUCAUACGAUGCUGAUGGAUCCUCAGUGUAUGCCACCAAAUCAAACGGGAACAGACGAGGAAACUACGAAUGAUGAGUUUUGUGUACAACUUGAUCUGCAGCACUUCGGUCCCGAUGAUAUCCACGUAAAAACCGUGGAUAACCGUUUGGUGAUCCACGCCAAACACGAGGAGAAAGAAGAUGAACAUGGAUAUAUCUGUAGAGAGUUUACCAGGCUGUAUGACUUGCCCAAGGAUGUGGACCCCCAAGAUGUUACUUCCACCUUGAGUAGGAAUGGGGUACUCACUAUAAAAGCACGAAGGAGAGAGAGCAUAACAAUUAUAUGUACCCAUGAGACAACUGCUGUACCUUCUAAGGAUAAACACACCCGUGAGACAACUGCUGCACCUUCUAAGGAUAAACACACCCGUGAGACAACUGCUGCACCUUCUAAGGAUAAACAUACCCGUGAGACAAAUGCUGCACCUUCUAAGGAUAAAGACACCCAUGAGACAACUUCUGAACCUUCUAACGAUGAAGACACCGAUUAGUAAUGGAACCGAAGACGAUAAAACAAUAUUUCUCUUGCUUCGGUGAUACCAAAUAGUCAGUGUGCAGUUUGGUGUCGGAGUGUUGUUAAACAUCCAUCCAUCCGUUGAUGUUGUAUUCAUAUAGUUUCCAUUACAUUGUUUUCAUUUUGGAACAUUGCUGAUGAUUCCUAAAUGAAAAAGCUGAGUACCAGUAUCAGUGGCGAAUCGAUUUUGUUUUUUCAUUUGUUAUGUUGGAGAAUCCGAGGAAUCCCUUCGGGAAUAUUUGUGGUAUUCAGCCACAUGUCAUUGGGGCCCCCCUAAAUGGAUUUUGUGGAUCCACCACCGAGUACCAGUACACCAGUUUAUGAAGAUUAAAUAUAGGAUGAAGCUACGUGUUGUGUCAUGGUUUUGUCUUAAUGAUUCAUGUUAAUAUUUAACUAAUUUAAAGUACAAGUCGCGUAGAGAUUUGAUACAUUGUUAUUUGUUACGUUUUAUACAGGUUGUUUUAGUUUAGAUUCGUUUUGUUUACUUUAUUUUUCUAUCUGCUGUAAUAAUUAUCAGUAAAAUUUUGUAUAAAUAAAGCAAUAUAAUAUGC